GCAAUGUUGUAGCAGUAAAGACAGUAGGCUAAGCAAGCUUUGAAAACAUUUACAUAUACAAAUGGAUUACUAUUCGACAAUGAUAACCUGUUGUAAGUCUCCCGGGCAUACUAAAAGAUGUUGUAAACUGUUCAAACAAGCGAAGUACUUUUGUUCGAUGUGCAGCUGUUAUGGACACCGUGAUCGAGACCACAGUCAGCCAGACAGGUAUGUUAGGACUGUUUCCAUACAGCCUGUGAAUGUGAAAUCUGUGUCAAUUCAGACGAAGAAGUGCAAGGACACUGAUAAACCGAAAAGUCACAACAAAUAUACCCAAGCAGAAACUGUUGACAUGAAUGAAUACAGUUCCAAUAUGGCCAAUUUUAAGCGUAUUCAAAGUGAAUUGUUUGGUCAGAAGAAAGGAAAUGAUAUCUACAAAGCUCAACUUAAGUCAUAUAUGAAAACUAUUAAAUUAUUGGAACAAGAUGUUGCAGAAUACAAAGCAAACAAUGAUCGGGAUUUUUCACAUAUUAAUGCAUCACAACAACGGAUUGAUGAUCUACGGUCUCAAAACAACGAAUUUUCUAAAUUGAUCAAAGAUCUUACCCGCAAACUAGAAGAUCAACAUCAACAAAUAUGUGCGUAUCAGGAUAAAAUCAAGAAUUAUGUGAACAUGUUGCCAAAUACAGUUAACACCUCUGGAUAUAUGGAGUUUCUUGGAAUGCGCAAUCAAUUCAAAAUAACUACUUCGCCACAAUGUAAAUCUAAGUCAGAUGUACCACCAGAGGAGAAUUCGAUCAGCAGAUAUUAAGCCUAGUGCUAAAUAAUGUAGGAAUCUAAAAAUUCUCAUCUUCCAUAUAGUCUAAUAUGAUGACACCACACAAUCUAUAUCUGCCAUAUUACAAUGAUAUGAUGCCGACUUUUGAUGUGCAAUAAUUAUGCCUGU